CAAAUUACUUAAUCAAAAAGGGUAAUGCCCAAAUGAUGGCACUAUACCCCCUUCUAAAUAAAAAUAGCAAAUUAUCAACAAGCAAUAAAGUCACUCUCUACAAACUAUUCAUUAGAUCUAUCUCUUCUUUUGGGGCAGUCACUUGGGCAACUGCCGCGCGCACCCACAAAAGGAGAUUUCAAACAUUACAAAAUAAAUCUGCUCGUAUAAUUACAAAAGCCCCAAGAUACAUCAGAAUCAAUCAACUACACAGAGAAAUAAACUUAGAACUGUUUGAGGAAUUCACCACCAAACUCAUAAACCAAUUUUUCAGGAAAGCACAACUCAAUACAAACAAUGCAGUGAGAGAAACUCUGACUCGAUCAAUAGUUUUCGAUUCUUACAAAUAUCCAAAUGAUUUUCGGACCGAGUAACAGUCCCAAUGUUUGUUUUUGUCCACUAACUAACCCACCCACCCUUUCCCUUCUUCCCCCCCCCCCCCCCCCAACACCACCCCCCCAUUUGUCAACCCUUAUUGUAGCCAAUGGUAAUAUAAAGCAAUUAGAAAAAAAAAAAAAAAAAAACAACCAAGUUAAAAAGGCUAAUAGUUGAAUACUGAGCCACAAUUACUCAUCUCGAUCCCAAAUGACACCAAGCGCAUCAGUCGUGAGCCAGACGCCGAAGAGAACACUUCGACCACUAGCGCACCGCCUUUGAAGAUGUCUGCCGCAGCCGCAGACGAAACGUCAGGGAUAGAUAAAACCCAUAGACCACGGCCCACAAGCCCGGAAAAAGUUCAUCAUCAUUACGAUAUACUGUCGAUAAUAUGGAGUGCGGGUGUGUUUAAUGAAAACUAUACGUUAGCGUGACGAAUAGGUCUACUUAUAUCAAAACUAUAAAAUUCAUUAAAUUAAUGAGUAAAUGAAAAGUUGGUUUUUGGCUUAUUUGGACUUUAUUUUACAAAAUAUCCAUAAAUCAACAGCCAACGUUUCCACGCAUUCCGCGUCAUCCUCAAGCUAAAUAAUUAAUGAGUAAAGUUCGUUAGUUAUGAACGUUCAUUCAAUCACUAACACAUACGCCAAGCUGAUGAAACAUAUUCAUAAGUUAAUGAACUCUUGGUCAUUGAUUCGAUGCAUAACUUCAUCGACACAAUAAAGAAAUUUCCAUAAGCAUGAUGAACAAAUUUUUUGGGAUAAGAAAUAAUCAUCAGUACAAUGAAUGUGGUUUAUGAACGAUUAUUCAUUAAAUCAAAGAAUAGAAUCAGUGGUCUUCCAAGAAAGUUCCUUAUACUGAUGAAAGUGGACGUGCGAACAAUGGAGAAUAAAAAUUCAUGGGUUUUAUGAUAUUAAUGAACAUACAUUUUUUACAUUAAGGAACGAAGGAAAGCUUUCUUGAAGCCAAUCAAGACCCGGUAAUAGUCAAAAUUUGAACUUAUAUCAACUCUGGAUUCGCAAGAGAAUUUUUGUAGGGGCAUUCAAAGCUCAAGAGCCGAUAAAAAUCCAAAAUUUCGAAUGAUCAUUAGCAGCUCUCAAGUUGAUAUAAAUCAAAAUUUUUUCUUCCGCAGGUUCUAAUUAGCACAAGAAAAAUUAUCCAAUGGAUCAAGAGCCAUAGAUAAUCAAAAUUAAACUAUUACCGAAUCUUGAUUCUCUGGAAAACAGUCCUGGAGCCAAUCAAGAGCUGGUAAUAGUCAAAAUUUGAAUUUUUAUCAACUCUAAAUUCUCUAGAGAAUUUUUCUACAUUACAUUUAGAGUGUGGCUCUGAGAUCAUUCUUGAAUGCAUUCCAAAAAUGAAGCUUGACUUUGUACAAUGAAAAGUACAAAUAUUCGAUCUUUUUCAUAAGUAGUGGAAUCAAAUUUGACCAAUAUUUUCGCUAUACAUAAAUAGAAAAAUGCAAAGACGUCACGAAAUUCCUGAAAAUGAAACAAAAACCAUGCACUUAAUGUGUUUCCUAUGCAAUUUUCGCCGGAUAACUGUUUAUUUAAGGAAAACCAAAUUCAAAAUUAAAAGCUGCACCAUGUAACUUCUUCAAGGACAAGAUUCUAAAUUUGCCACGGUUUUCUUUUGGUGACGCCAACGUUCGAGACUCAAAUUAAAUUGUAAAGUGUCUCCCACCUUUAAACUGUGGUUAGUGAAAAUUUUCUUAUUUCUUGGCAAGCUGAACUGUGCAAGCUCUCUUGUUAAAAAAGAAAAUGUUAAUUUUUACGAAUUAACGACAUAGUUAAAAAAAAAAACACAUUAGGAAUCAAGUGGAUUAUUUAGUGCGAUGGUCUAAAAUUAACCUUUUGGAAAAUGUUGAUGGUGUUGGUUAGUUUUAUUUCGACAAUCGGUUCUAGUGCGUGUAUGUUUUUUUUUGUCCUUAAACAUGUUUUAGUUCAGUGAAUUUAAAAAUGUUCAGUUUCUUUAGACGAUCCAAAAAAGAAGACAAUAAAAAAAAUAAAGACAAUAAAGAAACUUCAAAAGAAGUGAAACCUUCCAUAGAGGUAUCAAAAAAUAACGACACAUCCAAUGUAAAUAGUAAAGAAGACAAAAGAAAUGUUUACAAAAAUGAUUUCAAUGGCGGGACUUUAUGUUCAAACAUACAAAAUGGACAAUGUUCAUCUAAAAAUAUUGAUAAAAUUGUUGAUAAAAAAGACAAAAAGACCGAAACUGGAUCUCAAAAUACUGAUACAAUAAUUGUUAAUUUUGAAGACAAAAACAACGAAACAAAAAAUUACAACAAUGAUCCCGGUACUUUAAGUACAAACUCAACAGUAGGACAAUGUUCGUCUAAUGAUGACACGAAAAUGUGUAAAAAUAAUCAACCUUCCGCACCUGAACUUGCGCCCGAAACCGAACCAAUCAUCAUUCCUUUGCCAAAAAAUGUCGUGAAUGCAGCUAAAACUAUCAGUAGUGAAGUUGCGACAUUUUACGAAAAAAACAACGAAUCGAGCGAAGCAGCAAAAAUGUGCGAUCCUUACGUAAACGGAUUAAAAGUGCCCAAAGCUAACGAACGACGUGGUUCUUGUGUUAAACCUUGCGGACACGGUACCACGGCUAUUUUACCGUGGAUACCGGUCCAAAAUGCUGCUAAGAAACAGGAUACCAGUCCGUCUGGAAGUCCUGUGAUGGAAGUUAAGAAAACUUUGAGGUAUACUGUAAGUGCUAUAAAAGAAAAGGAGCAGCAGGAAGAUGGUAAACUGAAGAAUGAGGAGAAAUUAGAUGUUGGGGCUGGUAAGGGUAUCGAAGAACAACGAGAGGAAGAAAAGAAAAAUCUAAUUAACCAAGAAGCCAAGUUCCAAAGCCAGCUCAAUGACUUGUCAAAAGAAUUGUCAGUCAGAGAUGCCGAGGCUACCAAAUUACGUUUUCAAAUGGAAGAACUUCAAAGGGACGUUUUUGCUAAAUCAGCUGGAAUGGACCGAUUGCAAACCGAACUUAAUACUGCCAAUAAAGAAUCGGAUUCGAUUCGACAGAAAAUACGUUAUCUCGAAAACGAACUGGAAGGUUACAGGAAACGGAACGCCGAACUUUCCGAAGAAAUUCAAACAAAAACAAAUUCUCACAAAAGCUAUGAAAUAGAGACGCAGUCAAAAAUAAGCGAAUUAGAAGGAGUUAUAAGGAAUUUGAGAGUUAGGAUUGAAACUUUAGAAAAUCAAAUUAAAGCUUUGAAAGAGGAAAAGGAAGAGUUGGAAGAGAAAUAUGUUCAACUUCAAUCAGAAAGAGAUGAAGAACGACAAAAAUUAGCCGAAACAUUGACAACAGCGACAAAACAAAAACAAGAAAUUGAAAAAAAAUGGAAACAAGACUUCGAAAAAUUGCGAACCGUGAAUAUACUCAAAGAACAAGAGUUGCUGGACGAUUUCGAAUGGAAAUUACGUGAGGUGCAACAAAUGUGCAAGAAAAAACUAGACGACAAAGAGAAAUUAAUCGAAACAAGACUGCAAGACGCUUACAAACAAGCUGAAAUGAGAAUGCAAGAAGCCCAAAAAAUGUUAGGACAAGUUGAAGCAUUAAAAUCCUACGAACUAGAAGUGCAACAAUUACGAGACAGAACAUCAGAACAAGAUAAGAUGUUACAUCAAAUGCGCGAUCAACAAGCUCAAAUGAUCUUAGCCGAAUCCAACCUUAAAAAUGAGACAAAAAGACUGCUUAAUCUUAUAGAAUUAGAAAAAGAAAACUUACAACACAUCCAAAGAAUUCAUCGUCAAGAACUAAUGGACAAAGAGCGUAAAUUAAAAGACACUUUGAAUCAAAAGAGGACAGAAAUCGCAAUGUACUGGGAGGAAAAAUUGUUGCACGAAUGUAGCAGGUUGAAGGACGAAAUGGAACAAAUUCACAACGAAGAAAAAUAUUGCGCAAUGGAAACCGUCAGAAAAGAAAAAGAAGAAGAGUUCAAAAAAAGACAAGCACAAUGGGAAGCUAAAAUGAAAGAGUGCUUAAAGGAAAUUGAAUCCCUUAAAAGAGCCUUAGACGACAAAGAUGACUUCUACCACGAAGAACUUAUAAGAGUGCGCUCAAACACAGACAAAGACAUAAUGGAACUCAGACGACUCAUGGAUAAAAUCGACAUGACUCAUCAUGAAAACUACGAAAAAUUAUCCAUGAGGCACGAAGAAGAAAUAGAAAAACUAACCCAAGAACACGAAACACAACUAAAAAACGUCGAAAUCGAAUGGCAAAGUAAACUACUAGACGCCACGUCCAGCCUGGAACAAACCAAAGAAAAACUAGAAGAAGAAGCGCAACAAAAACUGCAACAAUUAGUCGAACAACAUCGAAACGAAUUAAUCGCUCAGUGGGACAAUUUGGUGCACCAAAAAUCCGAAGCUGUGCGCCUAGUCGAAAACGAAUACGUCAGCAAAUAUAAAACGUUGGAAGAGCAAUUUUAUAUGCAACAAAAAUCGCACUCUUCGAGAGAAGUUGAACUAUUGAAAACCAUCGAUACGUUGAAGAACGAGAUUCAAAGUAAAACUUCUACGGUGGACGAUUUGCAAAGUAACGUCGAAACUUUGGAGGGUGGCGUGCAGGUGUUGAAUCAGGAAAUUGCGGAGCAGUGUAAGGAUUUGGCGAAGGUUAAAAAUGAAGCUGAUCAAAAGAUGAGAAGUUUACACGAAACCGUCGCUCAGCUGCUCCAAGAACGCGAAAAGGAACAAGAAGCUUACAGAUUCAAAUACAUGAACUUGCAAAAGCAAUCGCAAGAAACUAUCGAUCAUCUUCAAAGAAAAUGCAAUUGCCUUACGAAACUAUUCGAGGAGGUUCGUCAACGUUACGAACGUCGCGAAUCGCGUCAGGAAGAUCUUACGAUAAUCUCAGACCUCAGACAAGUGAUAGCUGAACAAGAAAAAGAUCUCGCGUGCAUCAACGAAGAAAAACGCUACUUUCAGAUGCGUUUAAUGCAACUAGAACGACAUUUCGAUCAGAAUUCUUCCAUAGAAGAAGAGGAUUUUGAAGAUGCUGAAACUCACAACAAGGCAGCGGAUAGUGGAGCUAGCGGAAAUCGAAAUUUUGUGGCCCUGCCAAAUCAAAGCGGGCCCAUUUUUAUACCUCCUACUAUACCUGAAGGCGAGGACGAAUGAAAUUUUGUUUGGAAAUGGAUUAUUUAUUUUUUAUAGCUUUUUGUAAUAAGCGACUCGAACGCAUGCGAUGUAAACGUGCUCGAUAGUUCAGUUAAAUUGAGAAUUGACAUGAAAUUGGUAAUACUUGACAGGUUUAAAGCAUUUUGGUUACUCUUACGAAAAAAACAAAUAAUUAUUUUGAUUCGAAGGAGUAAAAUGUAAACCAAAUUGGAUAAGAGCCACCAUCCAAUUUAUGAGUAGGUUUACACUGUUAAUCUUAAACAAAACUUCAAAUUGUUCUAAGCCAUAUUUUUGUUAUAUUCAUAAUACUGAUGGUAGUUUUAGUAUGUAUGUUUUUUUUUUCUUUAUAUACCUUUUCUUUCUCUUUUAUGUAUUUUAGUUAUUAUUUUAUAUAUUUAGUUGUAAUUUUUGUCGCCC